AUGGGCACGUUCAUAGUGUCGUUCAUCGGGAACAGCUUCGUCGCGGGCGCGCUGGGCACGCAGCCGCUGCGGUGGCUGGUGCCGGACACGGACAAGCAGCGGCGGUUGCUGGUGGUGGCGUUCUUCACGAUCAUCAUCGCCUCCAUCACCCUGUUUGGUGUGCUGACGAUCCCAGACAUCGCGCGGGAGGGGGCAGACUUUGUGAACCGGCUGAAGAGCGACAACGUCUGGGUGGUCCUGGUGGAGAAGACGCGGACUGGCCUGGGUGACCAGGUGAUGGAGCCGCUGGAGCGGUUUGUGCUGCUGGCGACGUCGAAUGACAUCACGCGCGCGGCCGCGGACCACGGACACAAUUGGACUGCGGAGCGGAGCAAGCAGCUGGGGCUGGCCGUUAGCGGCAUGCUCAAGGGCUACACCACCACCGCAGCCACCCUCAUCACCGCCAUGCUCAAGAGCGUAACGCGGUUUGCGAUGCAGGUGUUUGUGUCGAUGAUGCUGGGCUUCAUCACGCUGUGGGACCUGCCCCUCAUCACCCGGGGCGUGCAGAGCCUUAGACAGUCGCGGCUGGCGCCGGUGUAUGAAGAGGUGGCGCCCGUGCUGGGCGUGUUUGGUAGGCUGUUUGGCAAGGCACUCGAGGCGCAGUCGCGCAUCGCGCUGUGCAACGCGUGCCUUACCGCCGCCGGCAUGUGGGCGCUCGCCAUCCCCGGCGUCGGGCUGCUGUCCCUCUUCGUGUUUGUGUGCAGCUUCAUACCCAUCGCGGGGGUCAUCAUAUCCACAACACCCAUCGCGUUUGUGGCUCUGACCGAGUACGGCUUUGUGAAGCUCGCGCUCGUGCUGCUGAUGGUUGUAGGGGUCCACUUCGUCGAGGCCUACGCGCUCAACCCCGCGAUCUACAGCGCGCACCUCAAGCUGCACCCCCUCAUGGUCCUGUGCGCCCUGGUCGUGGCAGAGCACAGCCUGGGGGUCUGGGGGCUACUGCUGGCGGUGCCCCUCACAGUCUUCGCCCUCGACUACCUCAUUCGGUGCGAGAUCUAG